UUAAAUACAUUUCAUGUUUUUGAUCGAAGUGGCGUAGGUCUACAAUUGACAGCUAGAAGAAAUGGCGGUCAGAGUUUGUCGUAAAUAAUCUUACAUUUUUACAAAUAAUUCAGUGAAAAUGCAUAUAAAACAGGUAAUUAUUCAGGGAUUUAAGAGUUACCGCGAACAAAUUGUCGUGGAACCGUUUGAUAAACGCCACAACGUGGUGGUUGGACGCAAUGGUUCUGGCAAAAGUAAUUUUUUUCAUGCUAUACAGUUUGUAUUGAGUGAUGAAUUCUCCCACCUCAGACCUGAGCAAAGGUUGGCACUGCUCCAUGAGGGCACUGGCCCCAGGGUGAUAUCAGCCUUUGUGGAAAUAAUUUUUGACAAUUCUGAUAAUAGGAUUCCUAUUGAGAAAGAUGAAAUUUUCCUCCGACGAGUCAUUGGAUCAAAAAAGGACCAGUUUUUCCUUAAUAAAAAGGUGGUGCCGCGUUCUGAAGUCCUCAAUCUGUUAGAAAGUGCUGGCUUAUCUAAUUCAAAUCCAUACUACAUUGUGAAACAGGGAAAGAUUAACCAAAUGGCAAUAGCACCUGAUUCACACAGAUUAAAAUUAUUAAGAGAAGUGGCUGGAACCCGAGUAUAUGAUGAGAGAAGAGAAGAAUCAGUUACAAUACUCAAAGAAACAGUUGGAAAGGUGGAGAAAAUCAAUGAAUUCUUACAAACAAUUGAAGAGCGUUUAAAGACAUUGGAAGAGGAGAAAGAAGAAUUAAAGGAAUAUCAAAAAUGGGACCGCGCUCGGCGAGUGCUCGAAUUCAUAAUACAUGACACAGAACACAGAGAAAACAAAAAGAAACUUGAAGAGUUGGAAAAAAUGCGCUCAAACAGUGGCAAGGAACAACAACAUUAUGCUGAUAUGGUUAGAGAAGCUCAAGACCAUGUCAGGGAAGCUAACAGGAAAUUAAAAGAAGCUCGCAAAGACGUAGCAGCUGCAAGAGAAGAGAAGGACAUUUUAUCUACAGAACAACAGCAGUUGUUAAGAGAAAAGACCAAACUUGAGCUGGGUAUCAAAGACUUGACAGAUGAUGUUGACGGAGAUAAUAAAUCGAAGGAACGUGCAGAAACCGAGUUAGGACGCUUGAGACAACAGAUUGCUGAAAAAGAACGCGAGUUAGAAGAACUCAAGCCAAAAUACGAAGAAAUGAAAGCUCGUGAAGAAGAGUGCACAAGAGCACUGGCGUUGAAUCAGCAGAAAAGGCAAGAGCUUUAUGCGAAACAAGGCAGAGGGACACAGUUCACUUCAAAACAAGAUCGAGAUCGUUGGAUUGAAAAGGAGUUGAAGUCUCUAAACAAGCAAAUAAAAGACAAAAAGGACCAUGAGACUAAACUACGUGACGAUCUUCGGCGUGAUGCUACCAAACUGACGGAACUGGAGAAGAGAAUAGAAGAGAUGACGAAAGAGAUGGAAAGGCAGCGAGUAGCUAUUGACGAACAUAAUAAGCAGUAUUAUGAAUGCAAGAAGAGAAAGGACCAAGAACAAAGUGCUAGAAAUGAACUAUGGCGUAAAGAAACUACAUUGACGCAGAAUUUGUCGUCAUUAAAGGAAGACUUGGCUAAAGCCGAUCAAGCACUCCGCUCUAUGGCUGGAAAGCCAAUUUUGAAUGGAAGAGACAGUGUACGAAAAGUAUUAGAAACAUUCCAAGAGAGGGGUGGCGAGUGGGCAAAAAUAGCUACACAGUAUUAUGGCCCUGUCAUUGAGAAUUUUACCUGUGACAAGACUAUUUAUACUGCGGUUGAGGUUACAGCUGGCAAUAGAUUGUUCCAUCACAUAGUCGAGUCCGACACAGUGGGCACGAAGAUAUUGAAGGAGAUGAACCGACAGAGCCUCCCCGGCGAGGUUACAUUUAUGCCACUGAACCGUUUGCAAGUACGCGACAUGGUAUAUCCUAAUGACAAUAAUGCAAUAGCUAUGGUACAAAAACUGAAGUACGACCCUAAGUAUGCCAAAGCUAUGAAGUAUAUAUUUGGAAAGACACUCAUCUGCAGGAACUUGGAAUGUGCAACAGAGCUCGGCAAACAAUUUCAUCUGGAUUGUGUUACUCUUGAAGGAGAUCAGGUAUCAUCAAAAGGCUCCCUCACAGGUGGUUACUUUAACCAAUCCCGGUCGCGUUUGGAGAUGCAAAAGACUCGUUCCGAGCUUAUGGAGCAGAUCACUACCCUAGAACAAGAGUUGAAUACGCUCAGGCAAGAGUUAGGCAAAACUGAGACCAGCAUUAACAGUAUUGUCUCAGAGAUGCAGAGAACGGAAACUAAGCAGGGGAAAGCAAAGGAUAUAUUUGACAAAGUGAAAGCAGAUAUUCGUCUAAUGAAAGAAGAGUUGGCGUCCAUAGAACGCUUCAGAGGGCCGAAGGAACGGUCUUUAGCUCAAUGCCGUUCAAGUUUAGAGGCCAUGCAAGCAACUAAGGAGGGUCUGGAAUCUGAACUACAUCAGGAACUGAUGGAGCAACUGUCGACUGCUGAUCAAGGCAAAGUGGAUGAAUUGAACGACGCCAUACGGCGACUAACACAGGAGAAUAAAGAGGCGUUCAGCGCUAGGAUGAACCUUGAAGCUACCAAGAACAAACUGGAAAACUUGCUCACUAACAACUUAAUAAGACGUAAAGACGAAUUAGUUCAAGCCUUACAAGAGAUAUCGGUAGAGGAUCGCAAACGGCGGCUCGCUAACAGCAAAGCGGACCUGGCAGCGGCUGAAAAACGCAUCCGGCAGAUCAACAAGGAGUUGGAAGAAGUAGAACGCAAGGUGCAGGCCGCAGUCAAGAAUGAAAAGGCGCUCAAACUAGAGUUGGACAAGUGGAGGAAUAAAGAAAAAGAAGCUCAAGACAAGAUGGAAGAAGAUGCUAAAGGAUUAGAGAAGAUGGCAUCUAAAGAGGUGUUGCUACAAGAGAAAAUACAGGAAUCUCUAGACAAGAUUGCGGCACUGGGGACACUGCCUAACGCGCCCGAACUUCAUUCCAAAUAUCAAAAGAUGUCGUUGAAACAGCUAUUCAAAGAACUGGAAAAAGCCAAUCAGCACCUGAAGAAGUACAACCACGUGAACAAGAAAGCGUUGGACCAGUUCAUCAGCUUCUCAGAACAAAAGGAGAAACUUUACAAACGGAAAGAAGAACUCGACAUUGGUGGCGAGAAAAUUCGUGAACUUAUAGAAACAUUGGAACACAGAAAGUUAGAAGCGAUACAGUUCACUUUCAAGCAAGUAAGCAAGAAUUUCACGGAGGUCUUCAAGAAAUUAGUCCCGCAAGGUCGAGGCAGUCUCAUCAUGAGAGUGGCGACAGACGACGGACAAGAAGUCAACGCAGACCGCGCCAACGCAGACCAGUUCACAGGCGUGGGCAUCAAGGUGUCGUUUACGGGCGGCGAAGGUGACAUGCGCGAGAUGAACCAGUUGUCUGGUGGACAGAAGUCGCUGGUCGCGCUCGCACUCAUAUUCGCCAUACAGAAGUGCGAUCCCGCGCCGUUCUACUUGUUCGACGAAAUCGAUCAGGCUCUGGACGCGCAGCAUCGUAAAGCAAUUGCAAACAUGAUCCACGAGCUGUCAUCGUCUGCUCAGUUCAUCACCACUACAUUCAGGCCGGAGUUACUGGAGCACGCGCACAAAUUCUACGGCGUCAAGUUUAGGAACAAAGUGUCACACGUGGAAUGUGUGACGCAAGAGGAGGCGAGAGACUUCGUAGAAGACAGUGCUACUCAUGCGUAAAUUGAGAGCUAAGAACCGUUUAGUCGGCUAUGGAUUGUUACAUUUCGCAUAUGCAACAAAAAUUUACAUUUCCAUUAAAGAUUGAUUACAUUCUUAGUUUGUACUACUUUGGAAAUUACCCUAACUUUAUGGAAUUUACAAUUAAAUUAUAUUUUGUUAAGACAUUUUGAUGAAUAAAUUUAUUGUAGUUAGUUUACUACAUCUAUCUCUAUGUACCUACUUUAUAAUAGAAAGAAAAACCGAAAACACAACUUCUAUUUCACUUUUAAUAUGUGCGUACGCAACGCAAUACCUUAGAGUGAGACAAGAACAGCAUAGAUGUGUAAUUAGUAAACUUUAUUUUUAAUAGUAUUGAUCCAUGGGAUCUCGAAUUUUUUUUAUUUGUUAUUACCUACUUUGAGGUCCAGUAAUUAAAAAACAUUGUACUAUAUUUUUUUUUCUAUUGUAAUUUUAGAUGACGUGUUCAAUUUCAUACCUGUGUGAAACAUAUCACAUUUAUGAUUAUUUUACUUUACUUUUAAUCGUCAUACCUUGUAACUAAACCGAGAUGAUAAACACAUUGUUGUACCUAGAUCUAAUGACAUUAAAUGUGUUAUCCAUUAGAAUUUUCCAAAGUAAACCUUUAAUUUUAGUGACUAAAAGCUAUCUCUGGGAGAAACAAAAAUAUAAAUAUAAAUUGUUGAACGAAAAAUAAUAUAAAUGUUUUCUAUAUUUAUAUGAAUUGUGAGCAGCGUCACUAAGUAAAUAUUCGAUACGCAAAACGAAUUCUGAAGAAACAAUAGUAAUUUUUAUACCUCGGGAGUCCCUUGCUCUGUCUUUGGUAGGUGAAGAAAACCCAGUGGUCAAUCAGAUUAAUUGUAACAAAUUGUAAAAUUUUGGUAUAUUUAAAACUCAUUUGUAAAAGGUAGUUUAGCCUUUUUGUUCUCUCGAUAUUGCAGUAGUUACCGUUCCUACAUUUUACCGUUACCUAACUUUAAACGAAAUAUAUAUUAUACUUUUUUAUAUUGCCGACUAUAAUAUAAGUAAUUCUAAAAUAUUGUAAACUUUGUUAUUUUUGUUAUUUAUACCUUUUUAAAAGGCCGGUAAUGUAUUAGCCACUGAACUGGUGUCGUUAUUGUCCAUGAGCUGCGGUGAUCACUUACGAUCAAGUGAAUUGCAUGCUCGUUUGUAGCUCUGUCACAUUAAAAAAUACUCUGUUUUUAUUACUGUGUUAAUGUAGUAAGCAGGUAAAUAAACGUCGGAUGAAUCCGACACGGACGCUUUUAACAACAAACUUUAAUAAAUUCAGCUUGGAGUGGCUAAAAUGUGACCUGAAUUUAUACAUCAAAUAAAUUAUUACAAAUUUGUGUCCCUUAUAGUUAUUCAUAAUUAUUUGUAUUCGGUUUGGGUAUCGAAAUUACUUGUUGUUCGAAGUGGUGCUGACAUGACAUAAUUUGAUAGCAUUAAAAUAACUUUUAUAAU